GGUUUCACAGGAAAUGCGCCUCUGUUGUUUGGUAGUAACGGACUACUCGAUAUUUGGAUUACGUAAUUAGAUUACAAAAAUCUAGAGUCUGCAUCUGGAAUAGGAUAUAUUCUAUUUAUUUAUUUAUUACACGGUUAAAUAGUACUAAGCGAACGCAAUUUACUGUGUUUGUUCCUACGUUUUUAAAGCGCUUUCCAGACCGGAGCCUCGUGUGAAGAUGGAGAGAUCUCGUACAGCUUUUGACCACUGGAUGCACAAACACUACUUCACGUACAGGGAUACAAGAGGAAGAAACAUUACUGUUCAGUGCAAUCUCUGCCUCCCGAAGAUCAACAUCUUGUCCACCGCAAGGGACUCCACGUCUAACCUGAAGAAGCAUUUAGAGUGUCACUCACCUCACCUGAUGCGCAAACACCAGCACAUCGAAAUGUCGGAGCCUGAGCCUCUUUUUCUCCCACCCAAGCGGCUGAAAUCCGCAGUCUGGGAGUAUUUUGGGUAUUAUAAAGACCCAGGAGGCACCAUCAUUGCUGAUGGUCGUCCAGUUUGUAGAAUGUGUCGGAAAAAAGUGUCGGCACGUUCGGGCAACACUUCAAACAUGCAGCACCAUCUUCGUGACCACCACCCCAUGGAAUUUGCAAAGCUCAAUAGAAAACAUGCAGUGCCGUGUAGGAAAAGAUUAAGGGAAGCAGCAGGCAUCGAUGGAUCAAGCUCUUAUGCACCAAACAUUUUGGAAAAUCAAACGGAAGAAUCAUCAGAAGCAAAAGAUGAUAAGAACGAUUCCACCAUUUAUUAUCAAACAUCACAAUCCAGGCUAAACGCCUUGGUAUUUAAUUUUAUCGUGGAGGAUGUGCAACCCAUCUCAAUUCUAGAGCAACCUGGCUUUAGGAAGUUGAUCGAAGCCCUAAGCAGAGGCAAACGAGUCAUGAGUCCGAAUGCAUUUGUCACUAGGCUUGAAAUGGCAUAUGAUAAAAUGAAAACGGAGCUCAAAGCGAAACUCAACAAAGUACAGACAUUAUGCACAACCGCUGAUAUAUGGUCAGUUCAGGACAGAAGUUAUUUCGGAAUGACUUGCCACUGGCUUGAAGACAAUCUGGAAAGGAGGUCUGCUGCUCUUGCCUGCACAAGAAUCCCUAGCAGCUACACUUGUGAAACCAUUAUUGCUAAAAUUCAAGAAACUCAUUCUUCAUUUAACAUCGAGAGCAAAGUUCAGGCAACUGUCACUGAUAAUGGUAACAAUUUCGUCAAAGCCUUUAAAGAGUUUUCUUCUGAUGACGAGCAAGAAGUGGAGCAAAGUCAGUUUGAGGAUUUGGGCAGUAUUCUUUGUGACGGAGAUAUAGGUGGAGACUUCUUUCUGAGUUAUUUCUUACCACCACACCAGCGGUGUGCAGGUCAAACAUUGACCACGAUUGCAUCGAAGGAUCUAGCGGAGGCCGUCUCAAAGGGACCGGCUGGCAAAGUGCGCAGUAGCGCAGCUGGAAAGUGUGCAAAGAUAUGGCACAAGGCCCAGUCCUCCAUGGAAACCACAGUUGCAAUGGAAUCCAUUGCAAACAUGAAAUUCACACUUCCUUCCCUGAAUCAGUGGAGCUCGGAAUACUACGCCAUUAACAAGCUGAUGACACUUAAUGAUUCACAACUCAAUGAAUUGACCGAACUUUUGGGUGUCCCUCAUUUUACACCUGAUGAAACAUCGUAUCUCACAGAAUAUACAGAUGUCUUCAAACCAGUGGCUUUUGCUCUUGAUCUUCUGCAGGGUGAAGAAAAGUGUUUUCUCGGCAUUGUGAUACCAACAUUGUUGACCCUUAAAAGGAAGCUCGAGGAGAAGGCAGCAAACACUCACCUCUUCUCCAAGGCCAUUGAAGAAACCGUAAAGGCAAUUGACACUCGCUUCAAGCAGGUGUUUGAGAGUUCUGAUGCCAGGUUGGCGACAGUCACCACCCCACAGUUCAGAUUGUGGUGGUUACCAGAAGAGGAGAGAGAAGUGCUACGGGCACAGUUAAUUACUGAAGUUCUACAGGUAGACCAAGGGACUGAAGAACCAGAGACUAAUGGAGGCGCCGUUCAUGAGGAUGAAUUCUUCUCGUAUGGACCUGGAAGUCCUGGCUACAAAUGUGGAAAGAGAGAGGCAGCAGAAGAGGUGUGGCUGUAUCUGCAGGGCACAAACAAAGAUCUAAAAUGCCUCAAUGAAUUUCCAGGGGUGAAAAAAGUGUUUAUCAAGUUCAAUACAACUUUGCCAUCAAGUGCCCCUGUACAACAACUUUUCAGCAGUGGGGGCAAUAAUGUCAACCCAAAAGGAAAUCCUCUUACAGAUGAACAGUUUGAGCAUGUACUACUUCUACGCUACAACAGCAAAAUCAUCUCUGCUUUGGAAUAAAUCAUGAGGUAACAUUGCUGAGGUUUGUUGUAAAAUAGCUUCUUUUUACAUGAUUUUUUGUACAGUAUAGGUUAUACGCUCUGUCCUUUUUAAUUUUUUUCCCAUCAAUAUAUUAGGUUCACACACAAGCAUUUGCCACCAAAAAACAAAACAAAAUUUUGAAAAUGUUUAUUUCUUAGUAAACGUGUAAACAAAGUUUGGACUAGUCUAGAACUGUUUAUAGAAUGUGUUAGUCAUUGCAUAAUGUAGAUGCAUACAAAUAUUUGUGUCAUGUUUAGAGCUGUAUUAUUAUGCAUAUAAAUGCGCAACUAAUCACACAAAAGGUGCCAGAUUACUUGGCACUAGUACACACAACGCUUGGUGGAAGGAAUGUUUAAUCUGAUUAUCAUUACUAAUAAAAUUAUUUUCUGAA